AUGGGCGGCGGCGGCAAGAUUCCAUACCCCAAGCACGUCUGGUCACCGGCUGGUGGCUGGUACUCGCAACCCUCGAACUGGAAAGCAAACACGGCAGUAUUUGGCGUAGUAAUCGUUGGCCUGACGGCAAUGAUGUGGAAGCUCAGCGCGGAGAGAGAGUACCGGACGAGGUUCCCAGAGGAAGGACGGUUCUUCCCCAGUCGCUACUGGAGCAAACAAAUCAAGCAGCAUGAGAAGGAUGUGAAGGAGGGCAAGGCAUAG